GGAGGAGGGGCCUGGGAGUCAGCCGUGGAUGCCUUCGGAAGCCACCCGCUUGUUUCUACACGCUUCAUAGGAUACUUGUUUUGGAUCAUUUGGAUUCCAGUUUUAAGCUGCUGGAUUAUUAUCUCUAUCAGCUUGUGCGUGGUCCAGUGUUUCCCUGCGCAUGUACGCGAGCGUGAGUGCACGGUGGCCGCAGUCGUUUACAUAGAAGAACCGAAAAUACACACUGUUUUGUUCUUUACCUUUUCGAACACGAAAAUUCAUCCUGGAGAUGUUUCCAAGUCAGUAGUUGGCAAUGAAGUAGUUGGGAAAAAAUGGAAUGAAAAGUCUUUGGAAGGAUAUAAGCCCUAAAUGUGGAACAUACAUGAAAGAGAAACUUGUUAUUAAAACUCUAUGAAAAGAAGCUUUGGAGAAAAACAUAGAAUUGCUAAUAGAGCCAGAAAGGCAACAUCGGAGAGAAAGAAACUCUACUACAACCUCUACUACUACAUUUAUGACUACUGAGACAUUUAAUUACAGCUGGAGAACAACAGUGGGUCUAGAGAAGCCUGAGAAAUAUAAACACUACAGGUGAAGACUGGCAAGAAGAAACACUGAUUUCUGAAGUGCCUGGAAAGGAAAAGCUCUGGUCAGUUUCACGUGGACAAGCCCAGUGUUUUCCAGAGAUGCUGCGGAAGUAGUCUUCGCUACUGCUUUUCUUCACUCAGCGCUCUACAUAACAUGGGCUGCAUGAAAUCAAAGCAAACGUUCCCAUUUCCGACCACAUUUGAGAGUGAGAAGCGACAUGCAAGUGAAGAAAGCUUUAUGCCCGAAGAGAGAUUUCUACCGAGGAUGCCUGCUCCAGUUAAUGCCGACGAGGAACUGAAGGAACCACGAGGGCCUGAAACUGUGGUCUUUGAGUUUGCACACCGCCUGUCACAGGAAAUCCUCAGUGACGCCCUGCGGCAGUGGGCGGGCAACAACAUGAAGUACGACGACAUCCCGUACAUUGAGAGUGAGGGGCCCUGACGCCGUAGGACGCUGAGGAUAACUUUCUAGAAUUGUGGAGGAAGUUGGUGCUAGUUUAAACACAUGAAAUAAUAGCAAAAACUGGUGUGAAUAAAUACAAAUCACUCCACUGGGAUGGAGGAAAAAAAAGUCCAUGAUAGUAUCAAGAGUAUACAGGAGUACCUAACAUGACAUACGAUAAGUACUUUUAUGUUAACAGCAAAUUCUUGCUGCUUGGUCUUGGGUUGGAGUCAUUUUAAAGGGCUAAGCACAGGGCCCGACCACAGUAGUCAGCUGUGUGCCAUACCACUUCCUUCCUGAGCACUAGUAGUAGCACCAAAGAA